GCGUCACAACACCGACAAGAUGGCCGAGAGGAAGGCUCGGGAGUGAGGGAGGGAACAACAACACUGGCAGAGGGUUACCGCAGCCGUGGACGCCGGAGCUCUGAGCCCGCCGAGGAAACCAGCCGGAGCCAGGAACCAGAAACCGGGGAGCCUAGGAACCGGAACCAUUAACCGGCCGGGAGUGUGUUUCCGCGGGGACGCUGAUCCGGAUGCAACCGGAGCUCCGCAGCUAACCUGCUAGCCAUGUCUGCUAGCUGACGGCGUAACAACGCGCUUUUUUAACAAAGUGACAGUCGCGGGGUAAAAUCCUGCAACUGGGGGGACUUUGCUACCUUUUUGGACUGCGGGAGACGCCGUUAUUUGCAGCGGUUGGUGGGAUCGAGCUGAUCCGCAGCUGCAGCAGCUAAAGCACUGCGGUAGCAGCAGCUGCUGCGGCUCUGCGGGGGGACUCGCUGCUUUACGCUACGUUAGUGGAGACAGGUUUCUGAGCACAGCCAGCUCGGACCGCCAGCAGCAUGAUGGCCCACUCCCCCGUACAGGGGAGUCUCCCGGGGAUGCAGAAUACCAGGGCCGACCCAGAGGAACUGUUCACUAAGCUGGAGCGAAUCGGCAAGGGCUCGUUCGGCGAGGUGUUUAAAGGAAUCGACAAUCGCACGCAGAAAGUAGUGGCCAUCAAGAUCAUCGACCUGGAGGAAGCGGAGGACGAGAUCGAGGACAUCCAGCAGGAGAUCACCGUGCUGAGCCAGUGCGACAGCCCUUUCGUCACCAAGUACUACGGCUCAUACUUGAAGGACACGAAGCUAUGGAUCAUCAUGGAGUAUUUAGGAGGAGGCUCGGCGUUAGAUUUGAUGGAGCCUGGAGUUCUGGAUGAUACCCAGAUUGCCACGAUCCUGAGAGAGAUCCUGAAGGGCCUGGAGUAUCUGCACUCGGAGAAGAAGAUCCACAGGGACAUCAAAGCUGCCAACGUGCUGCUGUCAGAGCAGGGGGAGGUGAAGCUGGCAGACUUCGGCGUAGCCGGCCAGCUCACCGACACCCAGAUCAAGCGCAACACCUUCGUGGGGACGCCCUUCUGGAUGGCCCCGGAGGUGAUCAAGCAGUCGGCCUACGACUCCAAGGCUGAUAUCUGGUCUCUGGGCAUCACAGCCAUCGAGCUGGCUAAAGGGGAGCCGCCGCACUCGGAGCUCCACCCCAUGAAGGUUCUAUUCCUCAUCCCAAAGAACAACCCGCCCACACUGGAGGGAAACUACAGCAAACCCCUCAAGGAGUUCGUGGAGGCCUGCCUCAACAAAGAGCCCAGUUUUAGGCCGACCGCCAAAGAACUGCUAAAACAUAAAUUGAUCGUCCGUCAUGCGAAAAAAACGUCCUACCUGACGGAGCUGGUGGACAAAUACAAGAGGUGGAAGGCAGAGCAGUCCAGAACCACGGAGUCCAGUUCUGAUGAGUCUGACUCGGAGCAGGAUGGCCAGGCGUCGGGGGGGAAUGACUUCGGCAGCGAUGACUGGAUCUUCACCAUCCGAGAGAAGGACCCGAAGAAGCUGCAGAACGGGGAGGGCCAGUCGGGCGUAACAGACCAGACGAAAGACAUUCCAAAGAGGCCUUAUUCACAGAGCCUGGCGGCGGUCAUCUCUCCUGCACUGGCCGAGCUGAAGGCGCGGCAGGAGCAGGUGAACGGGAACCCCCUGGUCCUGGACGAGCUGCGGGAGGCAAUCAUGCUGGCCGAGGAGACGUACCACGGCAUCUCCGACUCCCUGGUGGCUCACAUGGUGCACCGGCUUCAGAGUUUCUCCACGAGAAGAGCGUCCUCCUCCUCCCCCUAGUGAUUGGCAGUGUGCCCCAGCUCGCCCUCCCAGCCCCCCUCGCCCCGCAGAACCAGGCGCUCCAGAGUCGGGGGGGACGUCACUCAAUACCAGCUAGCUGCAUUUGACCUCCACGUGCGGGCAGGGGGCCGCUAAACCUCGCCUGUAAAAAAAAAAAAAAUUACUGAACUCCAAAGCGGAGGACGGAGAACCUUUUGGAGAGCUUCUUUUAUUCAUUAGUGAGAGGACGGGGUUUGGAGGACGGGGAGCGCGUUGGGAAGGCUGCGACGGACCGAAGGGUCGGCGGGAGCUGCAGCCGACUGGGACUCUGGGCUUCGUACAUGCAACGCUCCUCCAGCCUCACGGCCGAGUCUCUGCUUGGACUUCGCUCAACGAGGAGCCAAAACUCUCCUGAAUUCAAGACUUCAAUCCCCCUUUGAAACGCAGGCGUGGUAUCCCCAGAACCUCUGAGUGCAUGCUUGAGUCUGCAGGGAUGAAGUGGAGAAGCUGUGGAAGUGGGCACAUGUGGGCGUGGAUGCGAGUGCGUGCACAUGUUUGUUCUUUUGUUUUUCUCUUCGUACGCGAGACUCCCUGUUUAGGCUAAUUGCAGCAUUCUUAAUGAAACCUCAGGUAAAGUGCUUUAAGUGGACUUUGUCCUCCAAGGCAAGGGGAGGGGGUCGCCAUGCUGUACAAGAUUUCCACUUCUCAUCGCUGGGAAAUGAAUCACUGUGUACAAAAUGGUCACGCGCAUUUUGUAGAUACCAAUAAAAGCUCAUAAAUGGAUAAAACAUCUCAAAAGUAACUCCAAAAGAAACAGCAGAAAAUGCCUUGCCUUUUUCCGGAUAAACCCUUUCUUCAUUCUAGCGUUUCAUGACACCGUUAAGUUUGUUUCACUCCUCGGUGACCGUCAUCAGUGUUUUUUCUGUUGCAACGACUGAUUUCCAGUCUUCCAUUUCAAUCUCCUGCUGAAUCAGUGAACUAACUCUGAUACUAGGCUUACGUCGUUUAGAGGCAGAAGCUUUUCCUCUGCUCUGAUAGUCGGGGGGGAAACUGCUACCUGUACUUGUGUUUUAGACAAUUUAAGUCAUAUUUUUGAAAUUAUAUAGGACAAGAAGGAAGAUGGACAAUUCCAGGCAGGAAUCACUGUGGGGAGUGGAAUGCUGAUUAUUAUUUGAAGUAUUAUAUUUCUUUUUUUUUUUGUUUUUCUUGACUCGUGAUUCUUUUUUUUGUUUUUUUUUUAGCAUUACUUGGAAACUAAAGGUGAGAGUAGAGUGGAGGAAAGUGGCAAGGACCGUAGAAGGCAGUCACAUCGGGACAUUUUGGCCAAAUUAGACGAGUAGUCGAGGACAAUGAGUUAAACGCCAUCCUUCUGCCCGCGCCACAAACUCUUCUGUUCAGCCUCCACUCUUUCUGUAGAAGUGCCAUGUCCUCUUUUAUGCUUUCACCAGAUAUUUUUAGAAUGAUUUGCACCUUUUUUUUUUUUCUUUUUUUUUUUUGCACUUUGAAAGUGUAUCGAGUAUUUAAAGAAACCUGUAAAAGUUGGGGGGGUGGGGACAACCGAAACAGUUGCUAAUAGCCAUGUUUUACUAUAUAUGUUUACUUAAGAGUUCCAGAAUUUACUACUGUGCUAUUGCAGCAAUAAUGUUGGGGAGGUGCAUCAAGAUGCACUUGUCAACACAGGGAUUGAAAGAAAUUAAGAAAUAUCUGAUAUUUUUCUAACGGCAAAGAGUUAAGUAUGGAAAUAUGGAAUGCUUUAUGGAUAUGGGCACCUGCCUUUGGCAAAAAAUAUCUAUACCGUACAGAAAAAACAUAUGCUACAGAAAUAACUACAAAAUGUGUACAUUUGGUUUCCUUUAUCAUAGCUGACAAUUUAUAGUACUGUAUAUAAUCUUUGCUUGUGUCAUUUGAGGAUUCCCAAGUUAAAUGUAAGCUCCUUGUAAGCUUUCAAAGUGACAUGAGAAAAUAAAGAGCUAAUGCUAACUGAGAAUCGUGUCUUCCAUAU